UGCAGGGUGACUUGAAACCUGCUCAAGGUCGUACGCUGAGCAUCCUUGUUGACUUCGUGUUUCAAUGGCGCAAGUUUUAAUGAGUUCAGUUUGAUGCCUCCACUCUGAUGACUUAUGCCCCUAUACGUAUCUGAUAUUAACCACCAAACCGUUAAUUGUUAUUUAAAGAUUGUUCCUACCGAAUUUCACACGUUUUAGGGGUAAUUUGUCUUUUCUAUUCAUGAAUUGAUCCACUUGUCUCCAAUAUUUUAUGUGAUUUGUGCAUCCACUUCUCUCUGAUAAAUAAUAUAUCUAUUCCGAGAUGCCGAGUGGUAGUUGCCGAUUCGAUGUGUGACGGUAUUUAAAAUAAAUUUUCAGAGUGUUGCAGAUAUCGUCACCGUUGCAAUCAUUGGAAACUUCGGAGUUACUUAGCAUUUUGGUAAUUAAUAUAUCGUUUAAAUAAAACUUGGUGGAAAUCCGUCACAGGUGUUUCGGUUUGGGUAAUAAUUUCUCAUAUGUUAUUAUGCUAAGUGCAGCUGUGGAUAUUAUACGAAAACAAAAAGAUUCACAGAUCGAAUUCACUACGAACGUCAGUACAUAUCACAUAAAUUGUACAAAGAUUGGGACGGGAAGUGUCCUGUUGGCAGAUAUACUUCCGAGUAUGAUUUUCAAGUUUAUUUCUCCAAUAUUCAUACAAAAACUUCAUUUCCAGUAAGUCCUUUCUUUAAAGCAGUUUAACCUUAACUUAUAAUCCAGUUUCCUUGAACAUGCAAAGUAAUCCAUAAUCUACCGUGAUCAUUGGGCGGUCACAAUCAUUGUAUUUGUCCAGUCGAUUUGCGUUCACUAGUCUGAGCGACACGAAAUCACCUGCACCUCCUAAAAGAGGUCAGUUAUGGCAGGAAUAGCUCAUCAGUAACGUCUCAUAUUAUGAAGUUGGGUGACACCGAUCCGAAUCCAACGGAGAGCAUCAAUGCCCUUAAGGUUGCAAACAAACCUUGUUGACAAGCUCCAGCUAUCAGUAUCUAGAGUUUCUUACCGACUACUUUUAAUCAGUUAAAAUCUUAGUGAGAGUGAUUGUAGUAUCUAUUGAGAUUGUAUUAACUAUUACGGUUAAUGUACGAUAAAAUAUGUUUCAGCAUCCGGUAGCUGUGAGCUUUCGGCUGUUAUGACAGUCGCAUUAAAUUUCUGUUAUGUCUAGCUUCAAUCUAGAAAGUAACAUUUAAGUUUAGCAGGUCCUUUUGAAAUUGCUUAGUUUUUCAUUUUAUAAUAAGUUAGAUACUUCCUACGUAAGUUGCUUGUUGGGGGAUAUUUGCUCUUAACAGCCUGCCGAUCUCUUUUUUUUAGCUUUAAAGUUUUAUGCGCUGUCCUACUGGCGAUUAAUAGUUUUCUGAUGGUUUCAUUUUCUCAGUCUUUCUCUACGAGUCUUUUUGGUAAGCAUUUUCGGCUUAAUGUGAUCAGUUUAAUUUUUGUUUCUUUCGAACUUGGGAUCUGAGCAAAAGAUCAUGUAGGGAACAUAAUUCGUAAAAGUAUGUUUUUAUUAGCCCUACUUUAGUCAUAACUUACUGGCUGAAACUACUGAUAAUAGUAUUUUCUUAUUGAUUAAUUGAAUAAUAUCAAUGAAGAAAGUAUUUAUGUUAAUUGUUCGACGUAUCAUAAAAGUUUUGAAACAUUGUAAUAUUAAGGAACAAAUAGGCAGACUGAAAUUGUUUUGUUUCCAAGGGUUGUUGAUGCUAAGAAUUGCAGCGGACCUAUCUCCGUGCAUCCUGAGCUAGUUGCCUCAAUGUUUCCGUCUAAUCACUAGUGUUUUUUAAAGUUUGGUAGUAACUAGCAGUAACAUCCAAGACAAAAUUUAUGUGCUAUAUUAUUUCACGCGUUAGUAAAAUAUAUUAUGUACAAUAUCCGUAAACCCCUUUCUGAAAAUGUAUGUCAUCUGCUUAUAUUGUAUAAAAUGUAUCUUGUGGUGAAUACGAUUUUUAUGAGAUUGAAGAUAAUGAACAUAUUUGGUAUUCUAUUGACAUAUGCGAAUAGUGAGUGUGGAUCGUGGUGUAUUCUGUAAUAAUGAUGAGUGAAAUAGAUUAUAAAUAACUAAUUAAACCGACUAGAAACUGUCAUAUUUCUUUUUUAUGAUCUUAACUCAUUGUUAAUUGAUUCCUUUCUUUCUGAAAAAUAUUUUUAGGGAUUGUGUCGGCAAGUUUAUCUUCAGGAAUCGGAGAUGUUACUUUCUUAAGCAUGGUAGCUUUCUUUGACAAGUAUGCUAAUCAGCUUUCGACGUUGUAUCUAAUCGAUUUUCUUUGACUAACGACUUCUUAGUGGGUUUCUUUUUACGAGAUUGGAUCGUAAACUCUUCUCUCAGCCCUUGUUUAUUCGAGCUGAGGACAGACAUUAGCUGCGGAGGGCUUUGGCUUAUGUAUUUAUAUUCCAUAUUUACCGUAUUUUUUAAUUUAAUUAAACACGUACACAUUGGUACAACGGGGUACCGAAUACAUAUGCGCCACAUAAAUCAUUCAAUUUGUGUAAGGGCUGGGAUACUAUCCAGGUGCUCAAACCGAAGCACAUGGUUCCCUUAGGGACCACUCCUCAAGUCUUUGACCUGUAGGUCUAAUCUGUAAGUUAGUGGAGCAACGGUGGGAAACGCAGUCUCAAUGUAGCCGGCGACCAAUGAUUGGUUCAUGUGCCAUUUGUUCCCUCAGGGUCCUAAAGCCCACAUGCACCACUGGCUUGGAAUUUAGGUUUUACAACUCCCCUAGGUGGAUCCUCCAUAUCCACCAAUCCUGUUAAAGCACCGGACAUUUACUUUUCGCCUUCUUAAAUUCGUAAACAAAAGCAAUGCCGUGAGAAGGCAGUGAGUAGGACUUCCAUGGCAGUGGCUGUAUACACGUAACCAUGUGAUAGCAUUUCGAGAGAGAGCUGACUCUCCCCAAUCUCGGCCGUACCAGGGCAUUUGAGGGCUUUGUUUCCCUGGUCUUAUUAGCAAGUGAAAAUCUUGUUGAAGUUCUAGAAAUGACAAAUUUUAAACUGAAUCAAAUUGUUUCGUUUUACGCUUCAUUGAGAUUAUUGUCUAUCAAGGUCCAUCGGCGAUCCCACGUUUAAAAACUUACAGAUUUCUGAUAUUUGUCAAAAUGCCAUAGUUUUUCGUAGUCCACUCCAUACAUGCCAUCUGGACAAUGAAAUCCAGUUGGUAACAUAUUUUGUUUUUGAUGCCUGUAGUUAUACAUUACCUACACCUUUUGUAAAAAGUUACUCGAGACUGGAGUAGUUCACUGGCAUCAUCUCAGUCCGUGAAGAUGGGUGACAUGUAUUCGUAUUUGGAAAAAAAUAGUCUGUUCCCUCGAGGUUCCAGACAAACCUUGUUGAUGAGCCUCAACCAUCACGAAACAUAGUUCUAGAGUUUCUUACUGACUACCUUCAGUCAGAUAACAUCACAAUGUAAACCAUUGGUGUAGAUUAAAUUAACUGUUACAGUUGACUUGUAAAAUCCACUCGUUUGAGACUACGUCUAAGUUUCUGACAUAAGUCAUAAUUUACUGUAAUAUUGAUGUGGUGACAAAAAUUUUGGUCUAAUAUUCAGAUCAUAAUUCAUUGAAGAUUACGUGACCUAUAAAACUGAUUUCGUUCAUUCUUCUAUGGUAUCUAAUCACGUUCAUCUUUUUGUCAACAGUUUGCGUGUAAGUAAGUUAUCUUAUUAAGUAAAAACACCUAUUUUCUUGGCUAAUAAUAUUGUCUUUAAUGUCAGCUCGUGCUGGGAUUUGCAAUAAUGAUCCAGUAUUGCGAUCUGUUAUCAUACUAUUACAUUUCUUCAGUCGAUCAGGAUUCUUUUCAUUCAUUUAACAAUUUUUAAACAUCUUUUACAUGGAGUCAUAAAACCAUCCUUCAUAAAAACGGGAGUAAUCACUUAGCUUAAUGAUCGUAUUACAAACACGUAGGGUUUUAUCUACUCUAGGGAUUCUAUACGCCUUUGUCUCAUUAGUCACCUUAUCAAUUAUUUUGUGUUUGUUGAUUACUUGCGUACUCAACUUGCUCUUUGAUCUCAUAUACAAAAUACAUUACUAUUUUAUUUCAUCAGUAUGUGAUUUAAAAUAAUUGACGAUUUUUUAUUUGGGGGUGGGGUGGACGAACUUUUCUCUAGAUCUUGUAUUUCGGCUUGGGCAUGUGGAACUGGUGCAGCCGGUCUGAUUGGUUCACUUUAUUAUGUUAGUUUGACAUCAAUAACUACACCGGAAAUUACAUUAUGUAUUGUCAUUGUGGUUCCAUGUACUACAUUGUUAGUGUAUUUCUUCGUUCUAGACAGACCUCAUCAUGAAAAAUUUCGACUGUGUUUCAACCCUAUGGUUUCACCGGACAAUUCCACGAUGUUAACAGAGAGGAUAAAUGCAUUAGUAACCAGUGAAGAGUCAGAGCACAUUUCUUUCUCUUCCUACAAAUGUAUAUCAUAAUGACGAUUUAGUUGAGAUUGUUAAUGACAAUGAUGUAAUAACUGAUUCCGAUGGAUAUAUUCAGCUGAGAAAUGAAGAUAAUAUGGUUUAUCAUGACAAUUCACAAGUUUCCAAUUAUUCAUCUCUACCUGUUCUGCAUCAACAACAGCCUACAUGGAAAAUAAAACUACAGCUGUUGAAGGGAAUGUUUAGUUCAUUAUUUUGCCUAGUUUCAGUUUAUUUCUUCGAAUAUUUAAUUAAUCAGUCAUUGUUUGAAUUACUUUACUUUCAAAAUACACGUUUAACUGCUCCAGAACAAUAUAGAUGGUAUCAAGUACUUUAUCAAAUUGGUGUAUUCUUAUCAAGGUCGUCAGUCAGUUUUAUUCAAUUUAAGACUACUUGGAUUAUGUCAUUGCUACAAGUAAGUUCAUUAAUUUUUUUGUACUACUGAUCUGUUUUUAAAUAAAGUUGGACAGUUAUCUCUAAAGUAGGACCAGGUACAUAUAUCCAUCGUUCCUAGUUGCCAUGCCUAAUUAACACAACAUGAUGGACACCAUAUUCAUGGAGUCAGUUAUUUCAAUAGUAAUAUAUAUAUAUAUAUAUAUAUAUAUAAUUGCAUAUAAGGAUGUGAUACAGGAAGAAAGAAUUCGUUCGUAGGGAGUAAGGUAUAAAGCAAUUUUAUUCUCAUGGUCUAAGGGAAGACAAAGAGUGUACACACCUACACCAUUGUGAUCGAUUCUGAGCCUUAUCACACAGAGUUCCCAACCACUGGUUACUAUAGACGCACUGACCCCAACUAAAUAGUCUGCACCUACCAACAUGGAUCAGACCAGAAUUUAGUGACUUUAUGGGCUGAUGCCACGUUUUGGUCUUGCCCCCCCUAACUUUCUUACAUCCAUCUCCAACACUAGUCAGCAUUGCGUGCCGUGGUAGUCGAUGGUUGGGCAUAUGUAAUACGUAACCCAACCAUCCCAGUCGAUAGAGAUUCACAACUUCAAUUGAUUUACCACCGUUCUCUGAUACCAUGCGUCUAACCUUAUUGUUAUUUACCCGGUGAUCCCAGCAGACACAGGUUGUCGAUUCAUUUUACCACUCUACUCCCUAUCCUUAUUUCAGGCCGGUUUCGAAGUAACAAUUUGCAUUCCGAGAGGGAGAAACACAUCCCGAAAAUCCUGGCAUUAUUGCUCAGUGCUACCAAAAGACUGCAUUUUAUCAGCGUCUUCGCCAAACAGGACUAUGUCAUCUGCGUAUUCUAAGUCAAUCCCCGAAAAUUCAGUCGAUAAAAUUGGGCAAAAAUAGAGAUAAUGGACAACCUUGCCGGACACCACUUGAGGUUGCAAAAUCAGAUGACAGUUUGCCGUGAGCUCUGACUCGGCUGGUAAUGUUCUAGUAAAGAGCCUUUCAUAAGGUUUAUGUAUUUCUGAGGUACACCUUCCAAUGACAGACACUGCCAUAGAACCUCUUGGUCUACAGAGUUAAAUGCUGCUUUUAAGUUAAGAGAAACCAUCAUCGUCAGACUGCGCACGAUCGUUCCGUAGACUUUUGGUUAUUCUACAUUUGAUUUCUUUUAACUUUCAUCGUGAUAGGAUAAGUUUAUGAGAAUCCAUCAGUGCAACAGAUGUCUCAGAAAUCCACUGAUUUUUCGUAACCUUUUAUUUAAAAUCACUACUAGAUGUCACUACUGUUUCUACAGCUGUUCUUAUAUCUUUCUGAGCGAUAUCUGGGUCAACCUCGUUUUCGAAAUCGCCUAAGUGUGACUUCUGGUGUUCCUAGAGUUUGCCUUUGGCUUUCUCAUCUCUGAGAUCAACUCUUUGGUAUUAAUAUGGCUUUUCUGCAUCCAGUGAGGCACAAGCAGAUAAGUGCUCGUAUUAGGGCUUGAUCAGAGUUCAAGCAUGUAUUCCAGAACGAUCGGCAGUCCAAUAUCGAGCCUCUCCAACUAUGAUAUCAGUAUGGUCUAUUUUAGUCCAUCGCUGGUUUGGUGCAAGGGGUUGUCCUGUUAGACGAUGUCACUGCUUAUGCCUAAAAUUAGUACUUGUCAAAAAUAAACGAUUGCCUAGACACCGUUGCAGCAGACGGUCAUCAUUAUUUAUUCACUGAACCGGAACACUAAAAUACCCACCCAAAUAUCUUUGUGUUUGUUUUAAGCUACUUACUGGGGGAUUAAAGUCACCUGCUACUAAUACUAUAUCUGAGUGUUUAGUUUUUCUUUGAAGUUCAGAAAGCUUUCUGUAAAAUUCAUCUUUCUCUUCAUCCGGGCUGCAGUCAGUGGGAGCAUAGGCAGAAACGACGUGUGUCCCUAUCCUGACGAGUUCUUGUAGAUCCGUUUAGCCGAACAGCACACAGUAGACUGUUAACGGGGAUCCAUUUUAAUGGUGCUUGUUCUGCCCUCGUGCUCAGUGCUAUGCCUACGCCUGCCAGUCCACUAGAACUAGCCACCGCGUCACCAAAUAUAUGGGGGUGUAUCUCAUCGGCUCUCCGUUUUCGCUAGAUGAGGUCAAAUAAAUGAACACACUAAGAUCCUGUAUGUAUGUUUCGAAGACACAGCAUACAUCAAUUGUACGAAAUUCUAGGAUAUUAGCCAAAGAGAUCUGCAGAUCGUUUUGACAUGGGGUGCGUACGUUGAAGGCUCCAAUGUUUAGUUUGGAGCGAGGUUUCAGUAGACCUGGAACAGUAUUUCGCGCACUAGAAUCGUUGGUUAUGAUGAUACUUGAGAAGGAAGUUUAGGGUUGAUAGUCGAGGUAGGUGGAAUUAUAGGAAUUGAAGGAGAUUGAUCAUGAAUUCAGUGUUCUGGAGUGCUGUCAGAGGCAUGAGAGUGGUUAUCAUUUCCCGGUUGCCCACACUGUAGAAGGGUUCUCCUAGAGGUACCUGAAAAGAAAGUCGGGUUAGGGGUGAUCUUUGUGACCUGAGGGCAUGGACUCAGUGCCCAAGGUGUAACUACUUGGGGCUUGUUAUACACGAGUUUUUUGUGGUUAAUUUUUGUGUUAUCUCCAUAUUUGUUGAAACCUUACCACCGGAGACGGAAAUCCGUGGGAUAAGGCGGAGUGGGCAUUAUUAGGUUCAACCUUCUCUAACCCCAAUCUUCCUUUGUGGGAAGGCAGCAUCACUAUCAUGCCGGUUGUCUGAGUUAAACACCUUACUGCUGUCACACCUCUGCACAGUCAGCGGUACAACUUUGACCUCGGACAUGGUAGGACCUACCGGGACGAUUGCUACAGCCAUUAUAGCUCGAUUCGUUCAUCACAAUAGUCAAGUCAGACCACCACAUCAAGGUAGCAGCAAUGGUAGAGCUUUAAGUGAAGUAAUUUGACUGGAUUCUUACUAAAGGAUAAUAAUCUUAGUUUAUUUCAAGUCUUUCCUUUUUAUUAGUGCUCGAAAUUUUUGUGGAAAUGUUUUAUCUAUAUACAUCUUACGCCACAAAAUGAUAUCAUUUAGCAAACUACCUCAAACUAGAUACCACUGGGCAACUACCUUGUUCUUAUAUUGAACUUCUCUGAGUUGUGCAAUCACAAUCCUGUCAGGCACUUAAUCUAGAACCUUUCAAUUCGUUAUUUUAGCCAAUAUCCUUUUCAAUAGAUAAAUUCAUUUUUUUAAUAUCCUGUAUGUUAGUGAUGUAUACAGUAGAUUACCUUGAUAUUACCAUUUAGUCAUAAGUUCACAGUGAUUCUCAAACAGUAAUUUUCGCUUCAAAUUUCAAUACUUUAUCUACUGUGUGACUGGAUCCAGAUAGCUACUUAGUUGUUCAAUUGGCAUAAACUUUGCUUGUAAGGAUUUGUACAAACAUCAACACCAGGAUGUAAGUACAUCAGGUUGACCAGUUCAAAGCAGAAUUAAAUACUCGUUCUAGAUUCAACCAUUAUCUACAAUCCAACUUUAUUAGAAAUUGUACUUCGUUAUUUUCGUUGACGCCUGAGGAUAACUAUGAACCUAUCCCACCCAAACAGUUCACCAGUAAUGUUUUUGAUAGGUUUGUUUACUAGAAUACAAGUAAUAUUUAAUAUGUAAUGAAUAAUGAUUCUAUAUGUUUUUCUUAAUUUUCUCAGGUCAAAUCAAUCAUUAGGAUUGAUAUAAUUCGUUAUGACAGCUGUCUAAUUAUGACCAAGAAUCUGAUACGAUCGCCUCAUUUUUUUUCCUAGUAUUCAUAUUUUAUUCGACACCAUACAAAAUUAUAUAAGUAUGGGGAUUCGUGGAGAUUGUAGUAUUGUAAAAGUUGAAUUCACGAAUCGAUCUAAGCUAGACCACCAUUGAAAACCUGGAAACACUGGACGGCCGACUCGUCCUAGUAUGAGACUCCUCAUCAGUGCACAUCUAUAGCCCCGCAUGUGGAAAUCGAACCCAGAACCGUUCUCGGGUGCGAACGUCUAAUCUCCAGACUACUAAGCCGGCAUCCAACAAUGUUAAUGUCUAAUUUCAAUUUAUUCAUAAUAUUAUUGGUUGAGGUUAAGCGUUCACGCGCUAGACCGAGUGUCUUGUGUUCGUACCUCUCAUGUGGGAUCGUAAAUGUGGACUGGACGAAACGGCCGUCCAGUGCUUUCAAGUUUUCAGUAGUGGUCUAGCUUAGAUCGACUCGUGAAUUCAACUGUGAAAAUACUACAAUCCCCACAAAUCCCCAAACUGAUGAUAUUGGAAAAGUCUAGUAAUUACGUGAACGAAGUCAACAAGUAGUCAUAAUAUGAGUGCUUCUUUAUAAAUUUAUAAAGAAUUUCAAAAGUACAUUUUUUAUUUCUGACUAAUUUAUUUAAUCAAACUGGCUGAACUGUAUCCAACAUUUAAGACUACUUUUUUUUCUCUGCAUUUACUUGAUGACUUGUAUAUGUGAGUGUAAUUUUCACAUCAAGUCUUAUGUUUAACCAUAUUUAUGUCUUUUCAUUCGACAUGUUCAACUAUAAAUUACAUUAACACAUUCAUAGUAUACAGUUAUACAUAACUACGCCAACUGAAAACUUCAUUUCAAUAUACGUUACUCAUUUAUAAAAAUGUAUAGAAUAUUACUGAAUAAAAGAAAAUACUUAAUGUAUAUUGAAAAUACUGAGGUUAAUCUCAAUUAAUAUACUAACUAGUCGUUACUAAUUUUAUUAUUCAUGUUUCAAGAAGUGUUCAAAUAUCUACAAGUUCAUUGUGACUAAUGUUAAUAACUUUUGAUUACUUAUAGGACUUCCCUGGCAACGGCUAUAUACGCCUCUGCCAGGGAAGUACUACUCACUAAAUUCUCGUGACAUUUCUGUUGUUUACGAAAUUGAGAGGACAAAAAUCGAAUGUCCGGCGCUUUAACCGGGUUGGUGGACAUGGAGAGUUCACCUAGGGGAGUUGGAAAACCCUGAUUCCAAACCAAUGAUGCACAUGGGCUCCAGUACCCUAAGGGAACAAAUGGCGUAUGAACCAAUUGUUGGUCACCGUCUACCAUGGGACUGUAUUUCCUUACAAUGCUCCACUGCCUUGUGGAUCAGACCUGUAGGUCGAAGUCUCCGGGUGUGGUCCCCUAAGAAAACCACCUGCUUCGGUUUGGGCACCCAGGCAGUAUCACAGCCCUCAUACAUAUCAGAUGAGAUCUGUGUGGCGCAUAUGUAUUUGGUGCCUCCUUGUACCAAUAUCUAUGUGUUAAAAUAAAUAAAAAAUAUAUACUCAUAAUUAACUAUUAUCAUUAUUUCUUUUUGUUCAAUUAUCCAAACAGGCUAUGAAUUUUGUAAUUUGUUUAUUACAAGUGAUCUAUUCUUAUAUACCAUAUAUAUGGAUAAUGUUCAUUGUGAUAUUUUAUGAAGGAUGCCUGGGUGGUUUAACUUAUGUUAACACAUUUUAUAAUAUUCUUCAAGAAACUUCUCCGAUCUAUCGUGAAUCUGCAAUGGCAAUGGCAACUGUAUCUGAUUCCAUCGGCGUAGCUGGAGCUGGAUUCCUAUCCAUAUAUUUGCAUAAUUGGUUAUGUAAUAUAUUAAUUUGAUGAUUGUAUUUUAUUAGAAAUCAUUUUCAAUUAAUAAUCCUUACUUGUUGAAUUGUUUUGUAACCGUAAUAUUAUUGUACUACAUAUGAUUAGGAUGUUUUUAACAUAACCAUAAUAUUAAUAGUAAUUAUUAUUAAUAAUGUAUUUCUUGAUUACGUAAUAUGACAGUUAUAUUUUACCUAACCAUCAUCUAAUCCAAGGCACCAAAUACAUAUGCGCCACACAGAUCUCAUCUGAUAUGUAUGAGGGCUGUGAUACUGCCUGGGUGCCCAAACCGAAGCAGGUGGUUUUCUUAGGGGACCACACCCGGAGACUUCGACCUACAGGUCUGAUCCACAAGGCAGUGGAGCAUUGUAAGGAAAUACAGUCCCAUGGUAGACGGUGACCAACAAUUGGUUCAUACGCCAUUUGUUCCCUUAGGGUACUGGAGCCCAUGUGCAUCAUUGGUUUGGAAUCAGGGUUUUCCAACUCCCCUAGGUGAACUCUCCAUGUCCACCAACCCGGUUAAAGCGCCGGACAUUCGAUUUUUGUCCUCUCAAUUUCGUAAACAACAGAAAUGUCACGAGAAUUUAGUGAGUAGUACUUCCCUGGCAGAGGCUAUAUACAAGUGGCCAUGUGAGAGCAUUUCGAAUAGUAGUCUACAAUUUUUUUGACUGAUACCAUUACUUGUGCUCUUCACAAAUUGCUUUAUUCAGUCUUAACAUAUGUACUGUAGUAGUGUUAAGACAGAAAAUAACAUGACAUUAGUAAAUUAUGUAGUUCGCUUAACUAUUAGCAUAUCUUAGGAAAUGGACAUUAAAACGGAAUUGUAAUUUUUAUUAGUUAAAUGGUUGAUUAAGUUUUAUGGCAAAUAUAUCGGCUAACAGUCACUAUAAUAUUUGAUAUCCCAUUAUUAAGUUGACAUUCAGGUAUUAAUCCUCAUUUAUGGCAUCCAAGUUUUACCUAGAUCAAUGAGUUUUGAAAGAAGUAUAAAAGUAUGCUAUUAUAUCACAACUACUCCUUUCAUUUCACGAAACCACAUUCAUCGCAAAAGAAAGAUUAUUCGUCAUGUACUUGGAAACUUGGUUGGUUGAAUUCUACUCAACAUCAUUUGUUCUGUUGUCUCUGAAGUUUUGUGCGUCUAUCAAAGUUGUGUGGGAAAAAUAGAUUUAAAAUUAGAAGAAUCCCAUCUAAGUUGUGCACAUUUCCAAAUUUUGUGAUUUAAAAAAUUAUAUGCAACAAUGUACCUUACUACUUUCAAUAUACCAUGCAAGUGUAACGUAAAUAACACUGAUAGAACAAUAAUAACAAAAUAUCCUUUUACAAAAAAUAAAAUGAACUUAAUCAAAUUGAAAUAACAUUUAUUAUAAGAUUACAUGAUAUUGAGUACUCGUCAACGACUGCGUAAUUUAAGUAUUUCAGUCCUGCACAAAGUCUGCUGUUGCUUGUAUGAAACAGUGGUAAUGUCUGUAAUGUUGGUCGGUAUCCUAUUAGGAUGGAGAAAACAGUAUUCAAGAUUACAGCGAUAUUUUUUAUGUGUUGAAUAUCAACAUCAAGAAAUCCUAAUUUCCUCCUCAGCUGGAAGUGGGUUUGUUCUCUCCCACAGAAUGCUAUUGCUGAUGGUAUCCGGUCAACGAACAUUGAGUUUCUUGUACAGACGUUAAAUUAAUCAGUUUAUGACUGAUCCAAUUCAGAAUUAGGUUUUAUAAAUUUAUUAAUAAAUCACUUGUAAAAUAUGUAUAGUUCGUCGUUCAAGGUCAUCUAAAAAUUCAAAACAACUGGUUCAAAGUAGAUUUUAUUCAAACAUUUGUGUCCGGUUAAAAUUGUAGCAACUUACAGUUACAAAUCUGAUUACUGUAUACAAGAGUCAUGUUCAGUACAUAAUUCUCACAUGAUCUUAUUAUCCCUACUACUUUUUGCAAGUUCCACUUAUUGUCUUAUUAUAUUUACCUCGUUUGUUCUGUAAAUUUGUCGAGUUGUCUUUAUGCAUUUCUCAAAGGAAUUAUUAUUUCUCAUUACUAACAUAUAAUUUAUAAUUGAGGCUUAAAGGCUUUUGAUAAUUAUCGAAAUGAUCUAUUCAUUAUCCUAUUUUAAUCAAUACCUGAAAUCUUUUGAUAUAUUUUUUUCAACACUUCAUUCAAUUAUACCACAUCAUUUCGACUAUCUUUUAUAAUUCUGGUUUUACUUCUCUCUAUAUGGAGUUGUUUGUUAACAAACUAAUCGUUCGUCAAGUCAUAUACUCAAUACGUUGAAUAACUGAUUGGUAUCGUUAUUCUUCAUUUAACUAGUGUACAUCAAAACUAAAUACUUUAAUGUAUAAUUUAUUAGUUACUUAUAAGUGAAGUACGUUAAAAAAAAGAUAUUUGUAUUAGUUGAACAUUCUGGGAAAAAACAAUUUUGAUUAUUUAAUUUAGAACAUGUUUUAUAAACAGACUAAUAGCAACUUAUGUGCGAUUGAGUUUGUUCACAAUUAAUUUGAUUAAGCUUGUUUGUUAACUCCUACUCACUGACUUCUCGCGGCGGGGGUGUUGUUGACAGGACAAAAAUCGAAUGUCCGGCGCUUUAACCGGGUUGGUGGACAUGGAGAGUUCACCUAGGGGAGUUGGAAAACCCUGAUUUCAAACCAAUGAUGCACAUGGGCUCCAGUACCCUAAGGGAACAAAUGGCGUAUGAACCAAUUGUUGGUCACCGUCUACCAUGGGACUGUAUUUCCUUACAAUGCUCCACUGCCUUGUGGAUCAGACCUGUAGGUCGAAGUCUCCGGGUGUGGUCCCCUAAGAAAACCACCUGCUUCGGUUUGGGCACCCAGGCAGUAUCACAGCCCUCAUACAUAUCAGAUGAGAUCUGUGUGGCGCAUAUGUAUUUGGUGCCUCCUUGUACCAAUAUCUAUGUGUUAAAAUAAAUAAAUAUUUAAUGAACCUAGUCAUUCGCGUGAUUAUCGUAAUCACUUGUUGGAGACUCUUGGUGACAUGGCUCAGAAUCGAACACAAUGGCGUAAAGGUGUACACUCUCUGUCUUCCAUUAAAUUAUGAGAUUAAAAUUUCUUCAUAUCUCUCUACGUACUAAUUCUAUCUUCCUGUACUAUAUCCUUUUAUUCAAUCUUUUAUAUAUUAUCACCAUUGAAUUAACUACUUCUAUGAAUCCGGUGUUCAUCUUGCUGUGUUAAUGCGGUAUAGCAACUUGGACCGAUGUAUAUAUGUGCCUGGUUCUACGUUGUAGCUGACUGACUGACCUUUAUUAUUGUUGCGAAUGUAUGAUUAUGUAUGCUUGAGAAUUGCUUACUACCUACUCAUAUAUUCAUUCUGCUAGCUUUACUAUUAGUUGUUUAAUUGAUACGAUGAUAUAUUUAUUUCACUGUGUAUAUAUGGAUGUACACUUUAAUCCUGUUCACUCGACUCGCUGGCUCACUCGUUUCCCUCUCCACUUUGUGUUCUGAGCUAUCUGCUAAUAAAACUGUAGUUGCUGCUCCUCUUUGCCUUCUGAUUUAAAACACCAUUGAGGUAUAUAUAAUAACGGUUACGAAGGUGAUUGGUUAACGAAGCACAGCCGCUACAAGACAACAUUGUUUUUUUUCUUCUACAAAAUAAUUAGAUCGUUUUGAUGUUUAAGUCUCAUAUACAGUUUUUAAAAAAUAUCCAGAUAUAUGUAAAACAUCAAACCGUUUAGUGUAAUUUCUAAAUUUGCAUAAAAUAAUGACAAAUUUUACAUAACUGUUAUAAUCAUUAAGCAUUCUAAGUAGUUAAGGUCUUGACAAAUUAGUUAUUGAAGAUUAUGUAGUAAAGAACGAAAUAGUUUUGCACACGUGGGGAGAUAUAUUAUAAGGAAUUUCUAUAUCAACACAAUAAUGAAGUUUUUGUUUCAGUAGUUGGUGAAGAUGGAUAAUCUUCAUUAUUUAUUGAAAUCUCAAAGAAUUGUUCAUUGUUGAUUCAAUAGCAUUUAAGUUGAUCUUAGUUCGUGUCGUUAAAUAUUUACUCGGAUUUGUGGUUGAUCCACUUUCAUUUAGACCAAAUGAAAUAUCAUACUCUAAUCAUAUAUAUGUAAACUGAUUCCUCAGUAGUAGUAGUGUAGUGAACAAGAACACCAUUGGGGAUAGCCGGAUGUAUUUGACACAAAAUUACAGGACUUGCUAAUAAAAACUAACAAUCAUAAAGUAAAUGCUUAAUUUGCAAAAUGUUCAUCAAUUGUUGCAAAAUGAUUCAGACUUCAUUGGUUUUGCAUUUUCAUACCAACUGCGUUUCAUUCCCGUUCUCUUCUCAUCGACGUUCUUCUGAAAUACAUUCUGUGCCUGACCACCAUCAUAUACUACUUAUGUGAAUAUAAGCAACCCACAUCACAGUAGUAUUUAAUGGUGAUGGAAAUUUAUCAAUGAUGUUGCAAUAUGACUACUACUGACAAUCAAUUGACAUUGGAUGAACCAUAUCUUGAUGUUGGGUUGAUAAAAGUAGCCUGUUGAACACCCUGAUGGAGCUAAGUUUCGCACUAAUUGACACUAAUCAGUUUCUGAAAUCAUAAGCGGUGUGAAUACCCUUGAUGGAUUCGAAAUCAAACUACCCUGCUUCACAGUGUAUGAUGUUACCACUCAACUAUCUGAAUGGAGACCGACUUAUAUUUACAUUGAUUAGUAAUAAAUUUGAUGUAUAUUUAAUCUUCAAUGUGAUAAAUUUCUAUCAAUUGAGAUGUUACCACUAGUCUAAAUAACUUAACAUCACAUACAUAUAAUUGAAUAAUAGGAACAACCAAGGUGUUAAAUUAUAUUAUUAAACUUUUUUUUAAGUCAUAGGAUAGUAACUAUUUACGUAAGAAUAUAUCCAUAUUUAUACUUGACUUCCUUUUAGGACUUCUUUCAUUUACUCUUUUGUAUGUUUUGUUUGUUUCACAUAAAAAAGAACAUUUUGUUUAGAGGAGACAAGAAUAAAAAUUGUCCAACUUUUAGUUUAAAUAAAUCCAUAUUUUUAAAUUUUACACUGAAUGAAGCGACAUGUUAGUUAAAUAGACCUUAUUUUAAAUUUAUUUUUAUAUUGAGGUGAAAUAUAUGAUGCGAGUUUUAUAUUAUGUAAUCAAUUCUUAUAAUUGGUUACAAUCACAUGUUGCGUAAUUAGAUUCUAUUGUUGUUUAAUAUCAGAUGGGUUUUGUGGAGAUUGUUGUGAUUUCAAUGGUUAAGAUCAUGAAUUAGUUGAAGCUGGACCACCAUGGAUAGCUUGAAAGCACGGGAAAGCCGUUUAGUCCUAGUGUGCGCAUCCACGACCUCGCCCCCUGCCAGAUUCGAACCCAGGAUCUACUGGUUUUGCGCGUGAGCACUUAACCACUAGACCACUGAGCCGGCAUCCAACGGUGUUAAUGUCUAACUUCAACUAGUCCACGAAAUUGAGCGACACAUCCACGAUUGUCAUCAGUGAGUUCGUAUCUCACAACAGAC